GUUUAAAAGUUUCACUUAAAUAUAAGUUUAUAAAACGCUAAUCUGAGUCUUUGUUUCCUUUAGCUCAAUAAUAUCUAAAGUGAAUAAGUUGUUGGAUUACCCUCAUCUACGCUUUUAAAUAAAGUAAUAACCGGGUACUAAUAUAGUGAUCUUUAUUAUCAGAAGUGGAAAUCACGUGCCAUGGGCAAACGCAGGCGGUAUCGCAAGCGAGUACAAUCGUCAAGUAGCAGUAGUACGACGAGUUCAAGUUCCAGCACGUCAUCACCUCGGCCCAGAAAGAAGUCAAAGGUAUCACGUCACCACGAGACCAAAGCUGUGAGUACCUUGAACAAUAUAAUACCCGAGUUUGACCCCUUAAAUGACGAUAUCAAUGCAUGGCUUAAUAUUAUUCAAUCCUACUCAGCAACGUUCGGCUGGUCCGACGAAACAAUGCGUUAUCAAGCUCUUAAUAAGUUGAAAGGCUCUGGCAAAGUCUGGUAUGAUUCGUUAUUGCGUACUGAUAGUCAGUGGCCUACAUGGAAAUGGAGUGAUUGGAAUCGGCGUUUGGCUAGUAGUUUUCAAACACGUCGUAAUAUGUUUGAAUUAUUAAAAGAAAUUAUAAAUAAAAAACCGAUAGAAAAUCAAUCGCUGUAUGAAUUUUAUUUUGAUAUUAAAUGUAAAAUUGAUCGAUUAUCUUUAAACUUUAGUGAGCAAGAUAUUAUAUCUCUUAUUGUCGGAAGUAUAGGCGAUAGCAAUAUAGGAGCAUCUAUUGAGGCGAGUAAUUUUAAAUCUUGCCACGAUCUAGCUAGUUACCUUCACGGUCGUACCUACAAAGGCAAACUCUCAAAACAAACCAGUUCGGGUAGUUCACGUGAAAAUCAACCUAAAACGGUGGAUCAAACGAAUAAUAAUUAUAGCCAGCUGUCUACGAACGUUAUAUCUUCAAAUAAUAAUGCUAAUUCUCGUAAUGCGAAUGAAAGUAUUAAAACCAAUUCAACACAAAUUCGGAAACCUAUUAAAUGUUAUACAUGCGGUGGAAAUCAUACAAGGAAUCAGUGUGACCUAAUUAAAUGCAAUUUUUGUAAUAAAAAAGGCCAUGUUGAGGCUGUGUGCCGUAGUAAGAAAAGUGCAGGGUUAAUGAAACCGGAAAUUGAGGAAACUAAAUUGAUCCAAACCCCUGACCCGCGAAAUAAAUUUGUUAAAACGAUUAGCAUUAAUCAUUUUGCUCACGAGGCAUUUAUUGAUACGGGAAGCAGUUGUUCCUUGGUUUCCGAAUCGGUGGUGGAAAAAUAUUCACUUCAAAUUAGUAUACUACCCUCACCGGUUCUGUUACAAGGGUUUUCUAAGCAUAAUUCUAAACCGGUCACUCAUAAAGUCACUGUAAAUUUAAAAAUUGACAGCGUGUCAUUAACUAGUGUGGACUUUUACGUUAUUGAUGACUUGGUAGGUUGUGAUAUACUUAUCGGCCGUAACAUAACCGAGAGAAAUGAUUUGAUAUACUCGCGUGUAGGUAAUUCAUUCAAGUUCGAUUAUGCACAAUCACUUACUGAAUUUUGUGACGCUAUACAUGAGAGUAAGAUCGACGCUGAAACUCACUUAAAUGAACUGCUUUAUUUAAUAAGACAAUACUAGAAUCACUAAAAACUAUUGGGGCAGAUACUACUGAAGAUAGGUGGGAUAGAUAUAUUAAAAUAAUACAACAAGGUUUGAACAGCACAAUCCAUAGAACCAUUAAUGCCGUUCCUUGUGAGGUUUUACUAGGAUAUCGUUUGCGCGUCGAUAAUGACAAUAUAGAGCCAGAGCUUGAUGAUGAAUCGCUAGUGGACGUGACGAAGUUGCGAGCAAAGGUAGACAAAAAUAUUAAAGCCAGCGCAAUAUCACAAAAACAAAGAUUUGAUAAAACUCGGUCAAAAGCCAAAAUUUACGAAAAAGGAGAUUUAGUAUUGAUAAAAAUACAAAGCCAGAGCAACGAUGGUCGAAGCAGGAAACUCCUGCCCAUCUUCAAAGGACCGUUUCGAGUAAAAAAAGUUUUGGGAAAUGAUAGAUAUGAAGUAACAGAUCUCAGGGGUUCUGAAAGGAGUAGUAAACCGUACAACGGCGUGGCAGCUGCAGAAAAUAUGAAGUAUUGGAUACAAAUAGAUGACUGGAAAUUGGAUGAGAUAAUCGGGAAUCAAGAAAAUAAGGUCCGUGUUGGCAAGUAAUACUCCUAAGGUGUUUUACCUAGCCUCGUGGUGCGCCUGGGACAUGCGCCUUGCAGAAUGGCCGUGUUGGCAACUUCGUGGAGCGUGCGUCAUCAGUUGGUGAACGAAAAACGCGAACGCCUCGCUUGUGACAGGACUACCACGGCGGCACGUGGUGGGGAGGCGACCGGCUGACGGCGGGUUUGGCGCGCCGGGCUCUCUUGGGUGGAAACCGCGCAACGGAGUAGUUGUCCUU